AUGACGGGGCGAGCCCGUGCAAGAGCGAGGGGAAGGGCUCGCGGUCAGGAGACCGUGCCACACGUGGGCGCUGCUGCGGGCCAGCAGCCUCGGCCUCUGCAGCCGCUGUCCGAGGGGGACCUAGCCGGCCGCGGGCGACAGCGAGGACCAGUAGGAGCAGCAGCCAAGUCACAAGAACUCCAGAUUUCUGCAGGAUUUCAGGAGUUGUCAUUAGCAGAGAGAGGGGGUCGUCGCCGAGAUUUCCACGACCUCGGGGUGAACACGAGGCAGAACAUCGACCAUGUGAAAGAGUCGAAGACAGGCUCCUCCGGCAUCAUCGUGAGGCUGAGCACCAACCACUUCCGGCUGACCUCGCGCCCCCAGUGGGCCUUGUACCAGUACCACGUGGACUACAGCCCGCUGAUGGAGGCUCGCCGGCUGCGCUCCGCCCUGCUCUUCCAGCACGAAGACCUGAUCGGAAGGUGUCACGCCUUCGACGGAACCAUCUUAUUUCUCCCUAAACGGCUGCAGCACAAGGUCACGGAAGUGUUCAGCCAGACCCGGAACGGAGAGCACGUGAAGAUCACCAUCACCCUGACCAACGAGCUGCCCCCGACGUCGCCCACCUGCCUGCAGUUCUACAACAUCAUCUUCCGGAGGCUUUUGAAGAUCAUGAAUUUGCAGCAAAUUGGACGGAAUUACUACAACCCGAGCGACCCGAUUGAUAUUCCCAACCACAGGUUGGUGAUCUGGCCCGGCUUCACGACCUCCAUCCUGCAGUACGAGAACAACAUCAUGCUGUGCACCGACGUCAGCCACAAGGUGCUGCGCAGCGAGACGGUGCUGGACUUCAUGCUGGGCCUGUACCAGCAGACGGAGGAGCAUCGCUUCCAGGAGCAGGUCUCCAAGGAGCUCGUGGGCCUCAUCGUGCUCACCAAGUACAACAACAAGACGUACCGAGUGGACGACAUCGACUGGGACCAGAACCCGAACAGCACCUUCAAGAAGGCCGAUGGCUCUGAAGUCAGCUUCUUGGAGUACUACCGGAAGCAAUACAACCAGGAGAUCACAGACUUGAAACAGCCGGUGCUGGUCAGUCAGCCCAAGAGGAGGCGGGGCCCGGGCGGCAUCCUGCCAGGCCCGGCCAUGCUCAUCCCUGAGCUCUGCUACCUCACAGGUCUGACGGAUAAAAUGCGCAACGAUUUCACCGUGAUGAAGGACUUGGCUGUGCACACGAGACUCACCCCGGAGCAGAGACAGCGCGAGGUGGGGCGGCUCAUCGACUACAUCCACAGAGACGACAACGUUCAGAGGGAGCUUCGAGACUGGGGCCUGAGCUUCGACUCCAACCUGCUGUCCUUCUCGGGGAGGGUCCUGCAGGCCGAGAAGAUCCACCAAGGCGGGAAGACAUUCGAGUACAACCCCCAGUUCGCAGACUGGUCCAAGGAAACGAGGGGUGCGCCCCUGAUCAGCGUCAAGCCCCUCGAUAACUGGCUGCUGAUCUACACGCGAAGGAACUACGAAGCGGCCAACUCGCUGGUGCAGAACCUGUUCAAGGUGACGCCGGCCAUGGGCAUCCAGAUGAAGAAGGCGAUCAUGAUCGAAGUGGACGACCGGACGGAGGCCUACCUGAGGGUCCUGCAGCAGAAGGUGACAUCGGACACCCAGAUCGUGGUUUGUCUGUUGUCGAGCAAUCGGAAAGACAAAUACGACGCUAUUAAGAAGUACCUGUGCACAGACUGCCCCACGCCCAGCCAGUGCGUGGUGGCCCGCACCUUGGGCAAGCAGCAGACGGUCAUGGCCAUCGCCACGAAGAUCGCCCUGCAGAUGAACUGCAAGAUGGGCGGCGAGCUGUGGCGGGUGGACAUGCCGCUGAAGCUCGUGAUGAUCGUGGGCAUCGACUGCUACCACGACACCACGGCCGGACGGAGGUCGAUCGCGGGCUUUGUGGCGAGCAUCAACGAGGGGAUGACGCGCUGGUUCUCACGCUGUGUGUUUCAAGACCGAGGCCAGGAGCUGGUGGAUGGGCUCAAAGUGUGUCUGCAAGCCGCGCUGCGGGCCUGGAACACGUGCAACGAGUACAUGCCCAGCCGCAUCAUCGUGUACCGCGACGGCGUGGGCGACGGCCAGCUGAAGACGCUGGUCAGCUACGAGGUGCCGCAGUUCCUGGACUGCCUCAAGUCGGUGGGCAGGGGCUACAACCCCAGGCUGACGGUGAUCGUGGUGAAGAAACGGGUGAAUGCCAGGUUUUUCGCUCAGUCUGGAGGACGACUUCAGAACCCCCUUCCCGGGACGGUCAUCGACGUGGAGGUGACCCGGCCGGAGUGGUACGACUUCUUCAUCGUGAGCCAGGCCGUGCGCAGCGGCAGCGUGUCCCCCACCCACUACAACGUCAUCUACGACAGCAGCGGCCUGAAGCCCGACCACAUCCAGCGGCUGACCUACAAGCUGUGCCACAUCUACUACAACUGGCCGGGCGUCAUCCGCGUGCCCGCUCCUUGCCAGUACGCGCACAAGCUGGCUUUCCUGGUGGGCCAGAGCAUCCACCGCGAGCCCAGCCUGUCCCUGUCCAGCCGCCUCUACUACCUCUAG